UCUCGAGAUUCAAUACCACACAUCUGCAAGAAGAACGCUUGCUGCUACUGCUGCUGCUGCUGCUCCCGUCGUUGACAAAUAUUUACUAGAAACUCAACCGCCGUCCGUGACCAAACUUGAAGCCCUGCCUCCUCGGCAUGCCCUGGGGGGUGCAUUCGCCCCCUCCUGUUGUCGUCUGGUCUGGGCUGAUGCCGCAUACCGCGAAGUGGUGCGUAUCCGUCCUUCUUACCUCGAUGCUGUCGGAGCGGUCGCUCCUCUCCCCGUCGUCUUCGUCCUCUUCGUGGUCCGUCACGCCGUACUCCACCGACGAGGAAGACGACCGCGGAUGCCUCUCCGGCAGGGACAGGUUCCGCUGCAUCCGGAGCUCCCUCUGCUGGACCAGCGCCAUCUCGUCAGCGUUGCUCAGCCCCCGGCUGCUGCGCUGCAGGUCUAUCGUGUGUUGCCGCUCCUCUCGUAUCUCCUCUUCCUCUUCUUCUCCCUCCUCCCCGUCUUCACGCGCCUCUGUCUGGUUCGGCGUCAGCCUCAGCUGCUGUUCCAGGGUCAUCGCCGCCGGAGCUCCUGGCACUUGUUCGUGGUUGCCUGCAGUUCCUGCUGCUGCUGUGCAUAGUCGCCCUACUGCUGCUGCUGCUGUUCCUUGUUGUUGAAGUGGACGCUUCUUGCCGGGCAAAAACCGAAGCAUGUUCAUUAAGUUCGUGUGCCCUCUUCUGCGGCUGUCGCUGCCUGUCAACGCUGUCGAAGAGUCGUAGAUGGCAAGGGUGUGCUGGUGUGGAUAUUGGUGUCCCGUCUGAAUCUGUGAGUGAGAGUGUGUAAUAAGGAGUGUGCAGGAGGGAGAGAGGGAGCGACGAAAAGGGGCGGGGGAUUUAAACCUACCGCAACAGAGGAACUCUGCGUACCUUAUCGAAGACGAGCGUAAUUGCGCCGCACCUCCCUCUCCCUCCUCCAGGUUGUCUAAAGCCUGUGCGCUUCAUCCGCACGCGCUCGCUCACCGUCGCCCUUCUCGUCCCCCCUUUCUCCCAGAAGCACAGAUGAAGAACCUUGUCCAUGCGUUGCUUGUGGGGCUCUUGCCCUGCUUCGGUCAAGCUUUCGUUACAACUGCGGCGGUAACAACAUCAACAUCAUGUUCUCACCCGGCAACAAGAGCGACCAUGAGCAUGAAACAACAAGGGACGCCACUACGAUCGAGGAUCGAGCGCGCCGCCGUUGCUGCUGCGGUGGCCACCUCGGUGGUCAUCCUUAGCACCGCGUCUGUGCCGGCAGCGUUGGCCGAAGAGCUUCCGCCUGGCACCAACCCGUUCACGUCCAUCUGCAUGGGCUUCGGUUGCGGGGAGUUCCAGGGACUGGACUACCCAGGCGCGCCGGCCCCCACCGACGAAGACUCCAUCACCUUCAAGAGCUUCCUCCAGUCAUUAGACAAGGGGCUCGUCACCAAGGUAGACUUUCUCGCCGGCGGCGACAAAGCCUACGCCUUUGUGAAACCCGAUGCGGCGGGGGAGGCCACGCGCAUCCGCGUCGGGGAGGGCUACCCUGACGAGCAGGGGAACAGCUGGAGCUCGCCGCUGUGGGUUGUCCGCGCUUUGAACGACCGCAACGUACCCUACCACUUCGAGUACAACCUCGGCAAGGGGCGCGCAACGCAGACCGUAGCCAAGUGAGGGAGAGGAACGACACCAUCAGCCAUGAUAUGUUGUCACUGUCUACCGUCUACUGGCUAUGCAAAGUGCUGGGACCCUCGCGCCUCCACAAUCAUGGUCGAUCGGGUCGUCGUCUGGUGUCACAAUUCGGCGCUCUUUCGCUCUGUCUUUCGAGGGGAUCCGCGAGUUGAAGGAGCGGGGUAGCGGUCAAAGGUGCUCAGCAAUGUUUGCUCUCUCCGUUUCCGAUAGCCUCUGGUUGAAGACAUGACUGAAUUUUUGGGUUAGACCUUGUUGGGGUUCUACGAUUACCCAUUUUUCGUGCUGUGGUACGAGGUAGAGAGUGCCCCUUAAGCAUGUAUCGGUCGCCUAAAACCGACUGUCCACUGGAAGACGCCCGUAUGACCAGGACCUUACUGUUGCCUGGUCCUAGAAGCGGCGGCAAUGACUAGUUUUCUCCCGCCUUUUCCCCCGUAUUUGUUCGUUUGGUUUACGCGUGUGGACAGAAGCCUAGUUUUGAGGGUUCGACAGCCUUGUCCACUGCGUGGCUACCUUUGUCGGCAGCAGAGAUGUGUGUAGAGUGCAGCGGUGGAUUUCUAGCCUAGUUGUUUUUUUCUUGAUCUCAGCAGCGAAAGAGCGGCGUGCCGAUUUCUGUAUAUAUGGUGCGGGUAGGUCCACCGUGUGGGAGAAACUGAUUAAAGGUUUAUUGAGAGAUUGAGAGGGCGCAGAGUUACAGAGAACGGAGAGAACGGUGAACGCAUACGAAGCCACCCGACCAACGUAAAAACGCAAGGUGGUACUACAGGCGGAGGGAGCGUGUGUA